GUGUGUGUGUGUGUGUGUGUGUGUGUGGAUGCGGCAGCCUGCACUUGACUGUGUUGACGCGGCGAUGCUCUUGCGAGUAAAAGCGUUUGCAGCGCUCUCUAAGCAGCUACGGACGGAUUUGCCCUCGGAUGAGAGAUUAGGAGGAAGAGGAGGAGGAGGAGGAGGAGGAGGAAGAGCGACCACUAUCAGAAAGAACCCGCUUUAUUUUGGGUCCAUCGCGUCUGUGCUCGGUGGGCCGCGGCCCGUGGAUUAUCAGAGAAAGCCGGGGCCUGGAUUUGAGGCGUCGCCGGGAUGCGCUGAAAGCUUGAUGAUGAAAGUAGGAAGAGGUGGAGUGAGCCCAUCCUGGCCCAGGACAGGUUUUAAUUAGACCAUCGCAAAAGCAGCGACGUCUGUGGUCAGGAGGUGAUGGCAGUGCGGGCUGAGCUUCACCAACACUACUACCCAUUUCUACAGAUGGACACUCCCCUGCUGGACGCCUGAGCACCGCCUCCUCCCCCCACCCCCCUCUCCUUCUGCCUCACCUUGCUCAUUGCCCCCUCCCCCCCCCCCCCUCUUUACCAUCCACAUCUCCCUGCCCCAUCUCCCGUUCCAUUUCCCCCAAGUUUGAAUAUCACUGUUCCUCUGCCAUCUUCCUUCAUCAUGGCGUGCUACGGGCGCUCUCUGGACUCCCCGUGCACGCUGGCCUUGCUGGUGGGCUUCCAGUUUGCCUUUGUUCUCUAUUUCUCCCUCGGGGGCUUCAGAGGCCUGGUGUCAGUCCUGGUGCACACCACAGGGCCAGAGUUUGAUUAUUCUCGCCCUCACGAUGUCUACACCAACCUCAGUCAUUUGGGAGUACCGCCUCCGCCGCCCCGCAACUCUGGCACUGGACCCCCUCCGACAGGGCCCCCGCUGAGAGACUGCCGGAUCCCUUCUCCACUGCUGGUUGGACCUGUGUCUGUCCACCUUUCCUCUCCUCUGUCCAUGGAGGAGAUCAUACAGAGGAACCCGUUAGUGAUGCCCGGCGGACACUACCGGCCUCCUGACUGUGAGCCGCGCCACCACACAGCGAUAGUGGUGCCAUACCGCAACCGGCAGACCCACCUUCGCGCCCUCCUCUAUCACCUUCACCCCUUCCUGCAACGACAGCAGAUCCACUACAGCAUCUACAUAGUACAGCAGUGGGGGAACAGUACCUUCAACCGAGCCAAGCUACUGAAUGUCGGGGUGCGGGAGGCCCUCAGAGAUGAAGACUGGAGCUGCAUCUUCCUGCACGAUGUUGACCUGCUGCCCGAGAACGACCACAACACCUACACUUGCCACAAACAGUCCCCGACACACCUGUCUGUGGCCAUGGACAAGUUCAGAUACAGGCUGCCGUACCCACAGUAUUUUGGUGGCGUGUCUGCACUGACCCCGGACCAAUACAUGAGGAUGAAUGGCUUCCCUAACCAGUACUGGGGCUGGGGCGGAGAGGAUGAUGACAUUGCUGCUAGAGUACGCCUAUCUGGCAUGAAGAUCAUGCGCCCCCCAGUGGCCAUCGGUCAUUACAAGAUGAUCAAGCAUAAAGGAGACAGAGGCAAUGAACAAAACCCCCGCAGAUUUGACCUUCUGAAAAGGACCAGACUCAACUGGCGCUCUGACGGCCUCAACUCUCUGACCUACGAGCUCCUUUCCAGAGAGCUGGAGCCUCUCUACACGAACCUCACCGUUGACAUUGGAGAAGACCCCCGUGUGCCGCUGGGCAAAGCCCCCAUCCUAGUGAAAUCAGCGACGCCUCUCCACCAACGUAGCACCAGCAAGGGCGGGCGAGCGGCCAAACCGGAGAAGAGGCCAGACGGCAAAGCGGCAAACGCGACCGCGGCCAAGCCGGCCGACGCAUUGACAGAAGCCGCCCGGUUAAAGGCGGCAAACCAGACCACACCGGAGGAGGCGGGUGUGGUGAAAUAGGACGAGCUGUGUAGUGAAAAGGACUGCGUCUAAUCUGUAGCACAAUUGGCAGCCGCUUUCAGGAGAGGAGGAGGAGGAGGAGGAGG